AGUAGAUUACAAAGGGUAUAUAGUUUAUAAAAUUUAAUUGAAAUAAUUUUACGGUUUAGCAUGAUUAGAAAUUUAUGAUUUGGCGGUGCAAAAUAAUCCAUGUCCAUGUCCAGAUUUGUUAAAUUAGAAUAUGAUUUGUUUUUCGUGAGACCGUCCAGUACUAGAUUCGUUUUUUGGACGGAGAGAGUACAUAUGAAAGUUUCUUGAAUUCAAUUCAAAAGAAUAUUAUUUGAAAAAUUAAAAAUCAUUGGCAUGUGAUUCGUGAAAGAGAAGCCUCCUUCCACCACCGAUCCACAUAAGUCCAGGAAGCCGCCUCCUCCCACCGGCGCCGACGAGGAAAGCCGCCGAUCGACGGGAAGGCCGCCGCAGCGCCGUCGAUCUGCGAGACCUGAGGUGUUGCUGCGCGACCGCGGGCGAUGAUGUCGUCGCCGACUCCAGCGCCGCUGCUCCCCGUGGCCCCGCUUGACGGCGGCGGCGGGUACCUCCGGUGGAAGGAGUCCGUGCUGCUCCGCCUCCGCACCCUCGACUUGGCCUACGUGCUGUCCGAGCACCAGCCAGAGGACGGGAGGAGUGAUUCUGCCAAGAAGAAGCGGGCGCGCGACGACGAGCUCUGCCGCGGCCACAUCCUCGCCACGCUCUCCGACCGCCUCCUGCCGGACUACGCGCACCACGCCACCGCCGCGGCCGCGUGGCGCGCCCUGGCGCGCACCUACGACAUGGACGGCAAGUUGCCCAACUUGCCGCUGGACCGCUUCUUCGCAUACAGGUUCGUGGACGGCGAGCCCGUCCUGGAGCAGCUCGCGCACCUGGAGGCCAUGGGCGUCGCCGGCAAGCUCGAUGACCGUACAAUGUACGGCCUGGUGCACCAGAAGCUCCCGCCGGCUCUGGUGAAGGCCAUCGCUCUCGCGUCGCCGCCGUACCCGGACCCUCCAUCCAUGGACCACAUCUGGGACACGGCUCGACUUGAAGAGAGGAUGCGUUUGUGCGGCGAAAUUCGCCGUGGCGAGCACACUCAGGACAAGGAAGACGACGACGACCAAGGAGGAGGAGACUACCCAGAUGAAGAUCACCGGAGCCCGAAACGGAAGAGGCGAUACGAUCGCGGGCCGUGCUACAACUGCGGCGAGCCGGGGCACAUCGCCAGGGAUUGCAGAGGAUGAGCUGGGUCUCCUGAGCUUUGCAUUACCUAACUUCAGCUUAUUUUGGAUGUAGAAACCACAAGGGAAUGCUCAAGGAUGAUAGGCAUGUUGGUAACUUAGUUGCUAGAGCAAAUUAGGCUUAUUUUGGUUGUCUAGUUAGGUUUCUCUUUGAUGGCUUCUUUAGACAUAGUACUUAUGGGCCAUGGGAGCUAUUUUAUUCUCGACUCGUAGUUAUGGGCCAUGGCCUCAUGCUUUUGGCAAAGACAUUGCAAUUGCAUGUUGGUCACGCUGUUGCAAACUUGUGUUCUGGGAAUCGGGGAAGAUGCUGGGUGCAUGGAAGAUAUACUUUUGUUCAGUGAUCUAGUUCUUCAGUUUGCAGAUACCGUUGGUCCUGCAUUUUUUUCA